AGUCUCAUUGUUUGUUUUUUGCAGGAGGAUCAGGACCAAGACCAGCACAUGAGUGAGGAAGGGGAGAUGCUCUUUGAUUCUCUGACGGGGCAGCCCCACCCCGAAGACCUCCUCCUCUUCGCCGUUCCCAUCUGCGCUCCGUACACCACCAUGACCAACUACAAAUACAAAGUCAAGCUGACGCCCGGCACCCAGAGGAAGGGAAAAGCUGCCAAGACGGCCUUGCAUAGCUUCAUGCAGUCCAAGGAGGCCAGCCCGAGAGAGAAGGACCUCUUCCGGAGUGUGAAGGAUACAGAUCUGUCCAGAAACAUUCCAGGGAAGGUGAAGGUAUCGGCCCCUAAUCUCCUGAAUGUGAAAAAGAAGUGACACCCCCGCGGCCGCUAGCAUCGCCACCUGCACUUUUGAACUGUCUCACCGGAGCCCCUUCCAGUUUUGUUAAUAAAGUGCUGUUGUAGCUGUCUGGAAA